AUGGCCGCUUCAGCCGGAGCACAUGAGAACUUACUCGACAUCACGAUUACCACCUUCUCGUCACCCGAACCAGACAACCAGCGAGGACGCAAGCGACGGCGCAGUUCACCACAAGACACUCUGCAAGUCACGGCAACCCAGAUCCCAUCCGGAGAAUCCGCAACCUUCCGCGGCCGCUGCCGCCACCGUUCGACCUCGCGGUUCGACAUGUCGAGGACGCCGUCGAGUAUCAGACGCAGCUCGCUGUCCCCGACGCGCCGCAAGCUGCUCCGAGUCCUCCACCUGAACCGGCACCGGAGCCAGUCGCCCUCGAGGUCGAGAUCUCCGUACACCCAGGACCCUCCCAAGCGGAGGCGUCAGAGAACCAGAAGUCGAAGCCGCGACCACAACGGCGAGUCGAAGACGGUCGACGGGGCCGUCCUGGCGUCCUUUGCGCGGCCCGAGAUCGUCAUCCGGAGCGAGGGGUCGGCCGCACAGAACAAAGAAGGCGGUUGA